CUAAACUUCCUCAGCCCAGGAGCCUCCGAAGCCCCUACCAAGCCAGCUCUCCUCCUGCAGCCAUUCCCUUCACAGGAGGAUGAAGGUCUCCAUGGCAGCCAUCUCCCUCCUCCUCCUCCUCCUCAUCGUCAUCACCGUCACCCUGGGGUCCAAGACUAAAUCCUAUUCAGGAGGACCUUACCACCCCACCGAGUGCUGCUUCAAAUACGUGAUCCGGCCAGUCAGGCGACAGUGGAUUUUAGGCUAUUAUGAGACCAGCAGCCAGUGCUCCAAGCCUGGAAUUGUCUUCAUCACCAAAAAGGGCCAUAACAUCUGUGCCAACCCCAGUGAUGAUUGGGUCCAGGACUAUAUCAAGGCGCUGGAGGAGAUCGGAGUGACCCAGAAGUAGUGGAGAAGGAUACAGCUCAGAAUUUAAAGAGACGGGGCUGAACCCCUCUCCCAACUCAGCCCCAGACACCUCCUGGGAGCUGCCCUGCCUUGAAUUAAAGACCAUCAUGCCCUUCCCUGCCCUUGUUCAUUUCUACUAAAUUGCCCAUUGGCAGUAGACUUGAGGACACUGGUGAGCCCAGCUCAGGGUGGCACUCUCAGCCUCAAGCAUCACUCUGCAAAAGUUUGGCCAGAGCCUGGUGCCAAAAAAUGGGUCAGGCCUGCGAUGGAGGUAGAGGAAAACUGAGCAGAAAAUGAGGAAGGCAGUGUAAAAGCUACCUUUACACAAUAAUAACCACAAU